AUGGACUCAUUAAACUCAUCAAUACUUCUAGAUGUGAGUGAAUUGUUAUCUACCAUUUCUGCAAAUAUUUUAUUGGAUCUUCCAGUAUUUUGUGAAGAUACAACAGAACCAUACUUUAGAGCACCAGCAUCAUUUCUACCAAUUAGAGAACGAAGAGAAGAAACACUUCAAAACAAUGUUCCACUUUUACAAUUACCUGGAUCAAUAAUAAGAGAAAUACUGAGAACACUUGAUGCAAAAGAUGCAGUGUCAUUAGGAAGAAGUUGUAGACAAUUACAUGGGAUUAUCUUUGGAAUAGAAGGUGAAAAGUAUUGGGAAGACAAAAUUAAAGAAAUUAAACCAUCUAUUAAUCUCUUUCAAAGUAAUAAAAAAGCAGCAGAAAUAUUCAGAAAAUGUGCUACAAUGAGAAAACAUUGGAGACAAAUACAAUACACACAAAAUACAAUUGAAGGACAUAUGAGUUUAAUUAAAUGUAUUGAAAUAGAAGAAAAGAAAGGAAUAUUAGUAACAGGAUCAAGUGAUAAAAAAGUAAAAGUAUGGAAAAUUAAUGAGAAAACAUUAAUUAAUGAAAAAGUAUUCAGUGGACAAAAUUGUGGAAUGUAG